CCGUCAUAUGCCACAGAAAGACGGCAAUGAAAUUUGCCGCCGUAUUUCAACCGUUUGCUAUCUUUGGACUUUCUUUUCAAAUGUAAACACAAUGGAUAAGUAAUGUCAUUAAUUUACGUAAACAUCUGAAGGAUUAUGAUUGUAAUUCGGUCUUUGAACAUCAUUCGCCGGUUAAGCCCAGUCUCUAACCUCACAUCAUGUCGUCAAUGUACCCUGCCAAUGGCAAGAAGAAUUGCCACUUGUGAAAUAAGAUGGAAGCGAAGGAAAACUGCCGAAGAGAAGAAAUCUCCAAAAAUUAUAGAGUAUUCUCCUAAAAAGAAGAACGUUGUUGAUCUUCAAGGAACUGUUGAUAUUUGGAGGCACAUUACUGUUAAACAAUUAGCAGAUUCUAUGAAUAGAUCUAUAGAGGACGUACAGGAAGCUAUGCUCUUUGUCAAGGACGCCGACAAUAUUGAGCCGACUGCCCAAUUGCAUGACAUCAAAAUCAUACAAGAAAUUGCCAAAAAGCUCGGUACUCGCAUUCGCAUUGUCGCUGAGCCAACGCUUAUUAGUGGGGACAAUGAGAUGAAGGAUAAAGAUGUGACACCAAGGCCACCUGCCCCAUCAGAUCUAUUGAAACCACGUCCCCCAGUAGUAACAGUAAUGGGGCACGUUGAUCACGGAAAGACUACUCUACUGGAUUCUCUGAGAGGAGCCAAUGUGGCAUCCGGUGAAGCUGGCGGCAUAACACAACAUAUAGGAGCAUUUACAGUUACUUUGGAAAAUGGCGAAAAGGUAACUUUCCUCGACACUCCGGGACAUGCUGCAUUCAGUUCUAUGCGAGCAAGGGGAGCAGUUGCAACCGAUAUAAUAGUGUUGGUUGUUGCAGCGGAAGAUGGGGUAAUGGCUCAAACAAAAGAAGUUAUAUCACUGGCAAAAGAGGCUCAAGUUCCUGUAAUUGUGGCUAUCAACAAGAUCGACAAACCCGAGGCAGAUAUUGAAAAGACAAAGCGCGAGCUAUACCAAAUGGGAUUGGCUCUGGAGGACUUUGGUGGGGACAUCCAGGUCAUACCGAUUUCCGCUUUAAAGGGGACCAACCUUGAUUUAUUGGCAGAAGCAGUUAGUACCCAAGCGACAAUAAUGGGUUUGAAAAGCGAUUAUUCCGGAUUAAUGGAGGGUGUCGUUGUUGAAUCGAAGACUGAUCAAAGAAGAGGAAAGCUUUCGACGGCGAUUGUCAAAAGGGGAACUCUGCGUAAGGGCUCUGUUCUCGUAAGCGGUCUGGCACAUGCCAAAGUCCGAGGACUAUUCGAUCAUAAUGGUAAACCGAUGGAUAAGGCCGAACCAGGAACACCCGUUGAGAUCCUUGGAUGGAGAGAGUUGCCAUUGGCUGGUGAUUUAAUUUUAGAAGUCGAAUCUGAGAAAAAAGCCAGCUCUGUCCUAAGAUACCGCCAACAUGAAGCUCAAAAGGAGAAAGCUGAACAGAGUUUAGAAGAAAUCCGCAAAAAAGAAGAAGAACACUUAGCAAAGUACCGUGCCGAACGAGAUGCUCGUCGCCUAGCGGGAAGAUUUCGUUUAAGACAGGGUCCUCGUGCUAAGGAAGUGUUGGACGACGAUGGCAUUCCGCGCGUGAGUGUUAUUGUGAAAGGAGACGUACAUGGAUCCGUAGAGGCAAUUUUAGAUGUUUUAGAAACAUAUACAGGACACGACAAAUGUCGUCUCGACAUUGUUCAUUAUGGCGUUGGCAAUGUAUCUGAAUCCGACGUCGAAUUGGCGAAAUCUUUUAAUGCCAUUAUUUAUGCGUUUGCUGUAGAACCACCCGCAAAAAUUACAAGCGACGUGCCCAUACGCUUGUGUAAUAUUAUUUACCGUUUAAUUGACGACUUGAAAGAGGAAAUAAGCAGUAAGUUACCACCAGUAGAAGUUGAAGAGAUCCUGGGAGAAGCCAACGUUCUUCAGAUGUUUUCAAUUUCCGAGGGGCGAAAGGAAGUGCCGGUUGCUGGAAGUCGAUGUACAAAAGGUGUCCUGAAAAAAUCCCAAAAAUUCCGGCUUGUUAGGAACGGCGAAAUUGUAUAUGAUGGCACGUUGGAAUCCAUGCGUCACCUUAAGAAUGAAGUGGACACUAUUAAAAAAGAUGUGGAAUGUGGUCUGCGUCUCAAAGACUCCAAAGUUAUACCACAAGCUGGCGAUAUUCUUGUUUGCUACUCCACACGCUCGGAACCACAGAAAACUGAUUGGGACCCUGGAUUUUAAUGGGCCCAACGACUCCAAAGUUAUACUACAAGACUCCAAAGUUAUAACACAAGCUGGCGAUGUUCUUGUUUGCUACUCCACACGCACGGAACCACAGAAAACUGUUUGGGAUCCAGGAUUUGAAUGGCCCCAAAUGUUUUUGCGUUGUAUAAUUCGAAGAUAGCGUAAUACUUCAAAAAAUAAAACUCGACAACAACAUAUGAAUUCUUAUGUAUAUGAAAUAUAUAUUAUGUACUGCUGCCUUUUUUCCAAAAUGUAGGUAAAAUUAGCGAGAUGUUAAUGAUUGUUGUUUGUUUUACAAAUAAAUAUGUAUACUUUUAAAUUCCCAUAUUA